AUGGCUACAAUUCCGUCCACUGGGCGGCGGGCCAUUGAGAAACUUGACUCGGAGCCUCUUUGUGCCAGUCGAGGACCUGAUUGCCAACAGUGGACACCAGGGAAGAAUCCCGUUUCACCUCGCCGUCAAGUAUCUCGAAUGUUGGAGAGGCUCAACAUGUUCAAAGUGCUUCUCCCUGCGACCGAUGCAAAGGGCCGUCCGUUGGAGGUGAUGGAGGUGGAGGAGCCCGAUGAAGAAUGCUUCGAGCCGCCUCCCAAGAGUGGCGAGGGGACCGCAGACGAGCGUCCAGUGCGAAGCCAUGUCAACUACUUGCCGGUCAACGGGGGCAUUAUUCUGCCCCAGUUUGGCGACCCGGCCCACGACGCAGCGGCCAUUCGUACGGCGCAGCGUGCUUUUGGCCACGAGAGGAGAAUCCACCCUGUUCUUGUCGAGGAGCUGCCUCUCCGGGGCGGCGGUAUACACUGCCGCACUCAGGAGAUGCCCAUGUUUCCGUAA